AUUUCAAGGUCAGAGGCAAAGUGUGUGGCUUUAAAGAUUAAGUCGGGAACUAGGUUAUCCGAUAUCUAACAAUACAUUUCAUUUAGUGUGUAUACACAAGGAUUUCACAUUAACUCGUUGAUGUAAACAUAUGCAUAUGAUAACAAAGGUAAAUGGGUUAAAUUGAGGAUGAGUCGGUCACGUGGUCGAGGGUGUGUCGUCCUGAUAACAGGGGGUGCCGGGUUUCUAGGUCAGCACGUUGUUGGGCUCCUGCAGGCACGCGCAGACCACGUGACAGAGGUGAGGGUGCUUGACGUCGUCCCGUUUGUCAACAAACUAGAUUAUGUACAUACAAAGCCACUUCGAUCCAUCGUGGGAAGCAUAACUGACUUGAGCGUGUUAGACGAGGCGUGUCGAGGCGUCCACAGUGUCAUCCAUAUAGCUGGCGUCCCGGACGCAUCCAUGUUUCCAAACCGUAGUCGUAUUCUCGACGUCAACGUCUUAGGUACGCUGAAGCUGGUGUUGACAGCUCUGAAAACAAACGGUGUCCAGAGGCUGAUAUACUGCAGCUCCAUGUCGGUUGCCAUUGGUUACGACAACGCGAUCACGGAAGGCAUUGACGAGACCUGUUCGUUGCCUUCGCGUCGGAUGUAUGAGCCGUAUGCAACAUCGAAGUUGAUCGGAGAAAGAUUCGUGCAAGCUGCUAACGGCGAAAGUUUUAAGACAUUGAUUCUCCGGCCGACAGUGAUGUAUGGGGAGUUGGACCGUGUGUUUGUGACGUUUGGCCAGGAGAUGGCGCGGAGGAAUGGCGGCGUCUUACAGCGCGUCAGUACGUGGAAGGUCAGACAGCAGCAAGCUUACGUAGGCAAUGUUGCGUGGGCGUUCGUAUGCGCCGAGCAGAAACUGUACAGGGAAACUAUAAAGAACUUAAAGGCUCACAAGAGUGAAGAUGACAUUGACAAGCGUCAGUGUUAUAAAUGGUUGAAUCGCCUGUCAGAGCGGUUCACGGCAAAUCCCGGGAGCAGUUUUGUGGAGUUUGAACUUUGUGGCAAGGAGACAUCUAAGAAUGUUUAUUACAUUGCAGAUGACACGCCUGUUGUGAGCACAUAUGAAUUUCAAGAACCAUUUUUGAAGGCGUCUGGUUUCAGGCUAUCGCGCUCGGUGUUGCCCUAUUGGUUAGCACUUUUAGUAUUUUACGUUAUGUUUAUUAUUCUGCGUGUUUUGCGUUUAUUUGGAAACUUCAAUUACCCAGUAUGUGUCAAAAGCGUUCACUUUUCAAAAACUUCCUUCAUCUUUGUAGACAAAAAAGCCCGCGAUGAACUGGGUUAUUCACCGAUCUACAGUCCAGAUAUUGCUCACACUAGAUCGAUGGUUUAUUAUACUCGAAAAGUGUAAAUUCUAUGCCAGUGUGUUUGAGUUUAACUUCAAUUUCCUGAUAUCGUCAUGAUCCACAUAUUAAUGCGAUUCUGCCACAGACGUUCGAAUAAAUAAAUAAAUGAAUGAAUCAGUAAAUAAGUAUCUGUAUUCAUCAAUAGCAUUUACAUAUGUUAUUUGCCAAACAAAUGUUCUAUAAAAUGAUUUACUGAUAUAAUGCGUUUUUUUUUAAGUACACAUAUGCUGUAAAUGCGUGUAUCAUUUGAAACAAUUCUUCAUUUGGUCCACCACAUUAAUUCCGGCUAUUUUAGAAUGUACCAUACAAACACUUUUAGUUCUUUUCUUGUUUUGUGUAAAUGUUUGUGUUUCAAAGAGGAUUUGCAAUAAUAAAUCUCCCUUACUAUAUGACCCCGGUUAUCCGGCCAGCAAAGUGUUAAGUAUACCGGUGCUCGUUGCUCACUAUAUAUGUGCCACCUGGGUUCGCUUUCCUGGCGCAUGUAAGUUUUGUUUUACCACAAUGCAAUCAUUCUUGAAUUUAGUGCAUUCAAACAUAUUGAAAAUUAUUCAUAAUUUUCGUAUCUAGUAACUUAAUCACACAUGGGUGGUGGAUCACACUCCGGAUACUGACACAUUGCAGCCUUUAUCGCAAAGGAACUUAGAAGUACACACAUGAGUUAUUGACACAGUACCUUUAAUUGUCUGCGGAUAUAUUGACUCCUGCUGAUUUUGUCAAAAGCAGUCAGAACUGUUUUCAAGAUUUAAGGCACGACUUAAAAUGAAAUGUAUGUAGGAGACGUAUUUCAAGUUAUACCGAGUUUAGGUAAACGAACGACGAGCAACGAAGGGAUUGACAAAUAAAGACAUGUACUCUAUAA